AGCGCGCAGGGACUAUGUAGCCGCCUCGCCCGCAGCCGCCGCCGCCAUGCAUUGUGGGGCAGCGGCAGCAGAUCCAAGAUGGCGGCCAGCAGGAGGCUGAUGAAGGAGCUUGAAGAAAUCCGCAAAUGUGGAAUGAAGAACUUCCGUAAUAUCCAAGUUGACGAAGCUAACUUAUUGACUUGGCAAGGGCUUAUUGUUCCUGACAAUCCACCGUAUGAUAAGGGUGCGUUCAGAAUCGAAAUCAACUUUCCAGCAGAGUAUCCAUUCAAACCUCCUAAGAUUACAUUUAAAACAAAGAUCUAUCACCCUAACAUCGAUGAAAAGGGUCAGGUUUGUCUGCCAGUAAUUAGUGCUGAAAACUGGAAGCCAGCCACCAAAACUGAUCAAGUAAUCCAGUCCCUCAUCGCACUGGUGAACGAUCCUCAGCCCGAGCACCCACUUCGGGCUGACCUAGCCGAAGAAUACUCUAAGGACCGUAAAAAAUUCUGUAAGAACGCUGAAGAGUUUACAAAGAAAUAUGGUGAAAAGCGACCAGUGGACUAAACUCUGGCACAGUUGAUGUCAGCAGUGUGUGAUAGAAGAUCUGGAGCAGUGCAUUUCAGACACCCCACAAAGCAGGACUCUCUGGAAAAUUGACAAGUGCCACCUUUCGGUGUUAACUUGUGGCUGUUACUAACUUUCUACAGUUUCUUAAUCAAAAGUGGUCUAGGCAACCUCUAAAGAAAGGAUUAAAAAUUUAAGAUGUUCUAGUUCUGCUUUCUUUGUUUAAAAUCACUGCUUCAAUAUACUUUAAAGGAUGCCGUUUCUUUUUUUUUUCUUGUCAGAAUUUAUGAAAAAUACCUUAGACUUAUAAUCUGCCCUUAAAAGUUCAGAAGGUUGUGGCUGUUAUUUCUUAUUUUCCCCUUGCAAUUC